AUAACGGCGGCGGCCGUUGCUGCCGCGGGUCGCUGAGUCGCCGGCGGCCGCGGCCUUGGCGUGGACCCCAUGAGGAGGAGUUAGCCGAGCGGCCAUGGGCUUGCUGAGCAGCAAGGCGUGGCGGGGCCGGCCGGCGGCGGCCCCCGAUACCCCGCGCGGCGAAGGUCCGGCGGGGGCUGUGGCGACGGCAGCGGCGGGCCUGAGGGGCGUCGGAGGCCGAGGCGGGGCUGCCGUCGCCGCCAAGAGGAAGCGGGGCGACCUGAGCGCGUACCCGAGCGACACGGACAGCGACGACGAGAGCGAGCGGGAGGAGCGGCUGCUCAACACCCCGAGGAGGAAAAAAUUAAAAAGCACUUCCAAGUAUAUAUAUCAGACUUUAUUUCUAAAUGGUGAAAACAGUGAUAUUAAGAUUUGUGCUCUGGGAGAAGAAUGGAACUUGCACAAGAUAUACUUAUGUCAGUCUGGCUAUUUUUCGAGUAUGUUCAGCGGUUCUUGGAAGGAAUCGGAAAUGGAUACAAUAGAACUGGAAAUUCCUGAUCAGAAUAUUGAUGUAGAAGCCUUACAGGUAGCAUUUGGGUCACUUUAUCGAGAUGAAGUGUUAAUAAAUCCCAGCAGAGUCAUUGCACUCCUAGCAGCAGCCAGCAUGCUGCAAUUGGAUGGCUUAAUACAGCAAUGUGGUGAGACAAUGAAGGAAACAAUUAAUGCAAAAACUGUGUGCAGCUAUUAUAAUUCUUCAGGAACAUAUGGAUUAGAUUCCCUGAAAAAAAAGUGCCUUGAAUGGCUCUUAAACAACCUGAUGACACACCAGUGUGUGGAACUCGUCAAAGAACUCAGUAUAAACCUCAUGAAACAGCUGAUCAGUUCCUCUAACCUGUUUGUCAUGCAAGUGGAGAUGGAUGUGUACACUGCUCUUAAAAAGUGGAUGUUCCUUCAACUGGUGCCUUCUUGGAAUGGAUCUCUAAAGCACCUUUUAAAUGAAGCGGAUGUUUGGUUUUCCAAGCGUAAAAAAGAUUUUGGGGAUGGCAUCUCAUUCUUGGAAUCAGAACCAGGAAGUGCAUUUUUGGCAGUGUUCAGACACCUACGGCUGCAGUACAUAGUCAGCGAUCUGGCAUCAGCAAGAAUUGUUGAGCGAGAUGGUCUGAUACCUGCAGAAUGGCUGUCCUCUGUUUACAAACAGCAGUGGUUUGCCAUGCUCAGAGCAGAACAAGACAAUGACAUUGGGCCUCAAGAAAUUAAUAAGGACGAGCUGGAAGCAAACAGCAUGCGGUGUGGCAGGAAGCUUGCAAAGGAUGGAGACUAUUGUUGGCGAUGGACAGGUUUCAACUUUGGCUUUGAUCUGCUGGUGACUUACACCAACCGCUACAUCAUCUUCAAGCGUAACACUUUGAAUCAGCCGUGUAGUGGCUCAGUCAGCUUGCAGCCCCGGAGGAACAUUGCUUUCAGGUUGCGUCUGGCUUCUUUUGAUAGCAGUGGGAAGCUUAUUUGUAGUAGAACAGCAGGAUAUCAGAUAUUAACCCUUGAAAAAGAUCAGGAACAGGUAGUGAUGAAUUUGGACAGCCGACUGCUGGUUUUCCCUCUGUAUAUUUGCUGCAAUUUCCUGUAUACGUCCCCAGAGAAAAAGACAGAGACUGAUGGACAGCUGGAUAACCUAGAAAGCUGAGAGAUACCUUUGGGUCUUGUUCUCAUGACUUUUUUUAUUUCAAGUGCCCUUGAUGCACAGAGAGAAAAGUAGUAAAAUGGCCUUACUGUAGCAGAAGAAAUGCAGCUUCCAGCCCUUAUCUGUACAUUCCUAUGCAUAUCUGAAAGGUUUCCAACAUAAUUUUGGCAUUUUUCCUGUGAAUCUUAAAAGAGCCAAAGGGAAGGCUACACUUGAGAAUCAUUACCAGUUUCUUGCCAGUUACAGACAAGAUGGAAAUGCAGCUAACUAAACUGGACAUGUUCCUUAAAUGUGAAUAGCACAUCCGUAAAAUCCAUGAUAAUUACAUGUGGGAUAACAUGUAGGGUAACGCCUCUUCAGGCUGAACCUGCAAAUGUUAAGGGUCAGUUAUAGCCUUGAUAAAACUCCACUGCCUUCAGUGGUUGUGCACCAGGGUUCACCUUUACCCCUUUAUUUUUUUAAAUUCAUUUAGCAUUUGGGACUUGUAAAUAUUUCCUAAUGAGGAGUAUAAUAUAUAUUUACAUGUAUAUCCUAUUUUGUUUUCAAGAUUAUAUUUUUUAAACAUUGGAUGUAUUUUUAAAAUUCAUUUUGUGGAUUACAUAGAAGUAGAGGUGGUUCUGGUACAUGGGUUUCAUUGAACUAAAGUCCAGGCAUGGGUCUCUCUGCAGACUGCCAUGCCAGUAUUGGGGAGAUGCUUUCUUGCAUGGUUAAACACAAGACUAUCCCCCAAUGCUGAGGACUGGACACGUCUCCCCUUGUGGGGUAGCAAAGUCCAGACCCACGAGCUCCUGCCUUUAAGAACUGUAAAUGGUAUUGAAUAGCUGCAUUGGGCAGGCUGGGGUUUCUUUGUUCUUUGAAGAGCUAUUUUUAUGAAAUUUCAAACCUUACGCAGCUCUUAAUGGGCGCAGGAGGCUUCUUGGGAUCUGGCCUUCCAGCUCACUUGGGAAGGCUGUGGGGGUUGGAGCAGAAACUGGUGUGCCGUAGUUAAAAUGCUUAUGUAUUCAAAGUGCUUGGCUUAUGGAGAACUCUGCAUGGCGUACCUUACACACAGAGGUUUACACUAGCAUUCUGUUGGAGAUAAUGGGGUAUCAUGUACAGAUUUUUUCUAAAGUGAUUUUAGUUUCAUUACACAAAUAUUGGGAGUUUACAUCCUAGUUAUGCUCAGGAACUUGAGUGUGUUUGAACCGUUUUUUUUUUAGAUACAUUGCAGAAUCCAAAUUAGGAACUGAGGUCAAAGCAUUCAUGUUUUGGAUUGGUGUUUACUUUUUUUUUCUAAGUGAUCUAUUAAAGGUAAGAUGUAAGUGGAUUUAGUUUGUACGUAUUGGAGGGUGGGGGUUGCUGUGGAAUUUAUGCCUUUCAAUUUUUGUCUGUAGCCAAUUUUUUGUCAUAUACCCUUUGUAUGCUAUAAUAUAUUAGCAAACUGUGAAUAAACCAUUCACAAUUUA